AUGUGGAUUGGCAAGCGAUUCAAAAAAUUCGCCUUCUCUUGCCCUGACGGGACCCAGUGGAAAGUCGGCAAGAAGAUCUCAGAAAAAGAAAACGAGUCCUACGGAGAUCUCUAUGAGCGUGGACUUGAUACAUCAGAGGCCCAGGCAGUACAUCAUUGCCGGCAGAUCGAAGGUCCAUCCGUGGGACGGAAAGCCAUUCUCAAAGUUCGGAUGCAAAUCCCUGAAGUUGAGUAUACCAGUUCAGAGGAUGAAUAUCCCACUUCCGAUCUAUUGGACCGUGCUAGACACGCUUCCGAUGCCUACGGGAUUGGGACGUCACAGGAGAUUCACGCUUUGAAAUGGUUCACUGAAACAGGGUGCUCCGUGACUCCCCACCUUCUGCACCUAAUAGAGACAUUUUGA